CUAUGAUGUGUACAAUGAUUUGGGUGACCCUGAUGAAAAUUCAGACCUUUUUCGUCCAAUCCUUGGAGGGAAUAAAAGCAAAUUCUCUUACCCUCGCAGAGGAAGAACUGGUAGAUCUGUGGAGAGGUCAAGCCAGAUGGAGACAUAUACGUUCCACCAGAUGAACGACCUCCUAGGCCGCAGGAACCAGACUCCCUUGCUUAUGGAAUUAAGCCAUUUUCUGAAACCAUCAUACUGGUGGUGAGGAGUAUAAUAGCUUUAAAGAAGUGUAUGACUUGUUUGAAGGAGGAGACUACCCUAUGCCUCGCUUGAUUGAAGAUAAUAAAUUUGGGUGGAGGACUGAUGUAGAAUUUGCAAGAGAAAUGAUUGCUGGUGUGCACCCUACCCACAUUCGCUGCCUCAAAGAAUUUCCAAUGACCAGCAAGCUUGACCCUGAAUUGUAUGGUGAUCAAACUAGCAAAAUUACUGAACUCCACAUUAAGAACAACUUGAAGGAGCUCCCAAUACAUGAGGCACUCGCCAAAAAUAAAUUAUUUAUAUUGGAUCACCAGGAUUCGUUUAUGCCAUACCUGAGGAGCAUAAAUGCAGCUCAUACUGCUACAAAGGUUUAUGCAAGUCGAACUCUCCUAUUUUUGAAAAAUGACGAUACAUUGAAGCCUAUUGCCAUCGAAUUAAGCCUACCACAUCCGAAUGGUUAUCAAUAUGGUACAAUUAGCAAAGUAUAUACCCCAACUGAGCAUGGUCCUGAAUCUAUCAUUUGGGAACUGGCUAAAGCUUAUGUAGCUGUAAAUGAUUCAGCCUACCAUCAGCUCUGUAGUCAUUGGUUGAGUACACAUGCUGUGAUUGAGCCUUUUGUUAUAGCAACACAUAGACAACUAAGUGCACUCCACCCAAUCCACAAACUCGUGCAACCCCAUACCCGUGGUACUAUGAGCAUGAAUGCAUUAUCCAGAAGUGAUCUCAUCAAUGCAGGUGGAUAUAUAGAGUCCUUAUUUUCUCAAGGAAAGCAUGCAAUGGAAGCAUCAGCAGUAGUUUAUAAGGAUUGGGUAUUUACUGAGCAAGCACUCCCAGCAGAUCUCCUUAAAAGAGGAUUAGCAGUGAAAGAUCAGCAUUCUCGUUAUGGGCUUCGCCUGAUAAUAGAGGACUAUCCUUAUGGUGAGGAUGGGUUAGACAUCUGGUUUGCAAUUAAUUCAUGGGUUAAAGACUAUUGUUAUUACUAUUACAAGUCUGAUGACAUUGUUCAGAAAGACAUAGAACUUCAAGCAUGGUGGAAGGAAAUCAGGGAAGUGGGUCAUGGUGACAAGAAAGACGAAGCUUGGUGGCCAAAAAUGCAAACUCGUGACGAACUAGUUGAGUCAUGCACCAUACUCAUAUGGAUUUCUUCUGCUCUUCAUGCAGCUGUUAACUUUGGACAAUAUGAUUUUAUAGCAUUCUUUCUAAACCGUCCCACAUUAAGCCGGCGGUUCAUGCCUGAAGAGGGCUCUGAUGAGUAUAAGAAACUGAUUUCUCACCCGGAAAAAGGUUUCUUGUUGACAGUUACUUCAAAAGAUCAUAUCGAAGGUCUGAUUGACCUUCUAAACUUUUUGUCGACGCAUGAUUCAGAUGAGGUUUAUCUCAAUCAAAGAGAAAAUCCUGAUUGGACUUUAGAUACUUAUCCUUUGCAUGCUUUUGAAAGAUUUGCAGAUAAACUUGGUAAAAUUGGGGAUGCUAUUGAGAAAAGGAACAAAGACAAGGACAAAAAGAACCGAGCUGGCCCAGUCAAUUUCCCAUAUACUUUUCUCAUUCCUACGAGUAAACAAGCUGGGAUCACUGAUAGGGGAAUCCCCAACAGCAUCUCAAAGUAAAGCUUGUCUCAUUGUGUUGUUCCUGUUCAUUUCUCUCAUUCAUACUAGUGAAACAUGGAUCACUGGUAGGGGAUAUUCCUAGCAGUUUCUCAAUCUGAAGCUUGUUUCAUUGUGUUGUUGUUCACUUAUUAUCUUUCCCAAAGUUGUGUUACCAAGUGUCUUGGUUUGGUCUGUUUGUAUGUCAUUUUAUUCUCCACCAUGUAUGUUGCUUAAUAAUGCAUGAACCAGAGUACAACACAAAUUAAUAAAGUUUAUUUUAAAGCUUUCUGCAAUGCUACUUAAAAGAA